AAAAUAAAAACACACAACUUUUACGAUACUAUUCUCAAAUAACCCAACUCAAACAAAUUUCACCGUAGGAGCACUUACUACAAUCAAACUCACACGAAACCCAUUAGGCAAUUCUGAUGCCACACCUGGUCCAGCAUUCAUAUCUUAUUUCAAGCCCACACAAAGUCAAUACAAGUACAAAAGUUACAAACAAAAGCCCUAAACGUCUAAAACUUUCCUUAGAUUGAGUUCCUAAUCUGUGUCAUCACCUCCACCAUUCACUUUUAUCACCUCACUUUUUCUCUCUCCUCUCUCACCUCUUUCUCUCUCCUGUUACAGUAGUUCCCACAAAAAUGCUAGCUUUAAAUCUGCUACCCUCUUCUUCUCUCUCUCCUCUCAACAACUCUCUUAAACCCUUCAAAAACCCUUCUUCUCUCCUUCCCCCAAUUUCAACUCUCAAACUCAGAAAUUCAGCAAAUUCAUCCCCAAAAUUUAUUCAUUUUCAAUCUAAUCCCAGAAAUCUUUCAACCCCAUUUACAAAUUCAAAACUACCCACCAAACCCAGAUCCCAUUUUUUGAUCCCACAUUGUUCAUCUUCAACCUCCCCUGAAUCUUUACCCUCUGAAUCCAAUGAAUCAAAUCCCAAAUCAAAAACCCUAAAACUUGCUCUUGUUUUUGGGCUAUGGUACUUCCAAAACAUUGUUUUCAACAUUUAUAACAAAAAAGCUUUGAACAUUUUCCCUUUUCCUUGGCUUUUAGCUUCUUUCCAACUUUUUGUGGGUUCAAUUUGGAUGCUAUCUCUUUGGUCAUUUAAGCUUCAAACUCCUCCAAAAAUCACCAAACCCUUCAUUUUAGCACUUCUUGGUCCUGCACUUUUUCACACCAUUGGUCAUAUCUCUGCUUGUGUCUCCUUUUCUAAGGUGGCUGUUUCAUUCACUCAUGUGAUCAAGUCCUCUGAGCCUGUUUUCUCUGUGAUCUUCUCCACUUUCUUAGGCGAAUCGUACCCUGUUUCGAUAUGGCUUUCAAUCCUCCCCAUUGUAUUCGGGUGCUCCCUUGCCGCGGUCACCGAGGUGUCCUUUAAUUUGCAAGGGUUGUGGGGUGCUUUGAUUAGUAAUGUAGGUUUUGUACUGAGAAAUAUUUACUCUAAGAAGAGUUUACAGAGUUUUAAAGAGGUUGAUGGAUUGAAUUUGUAUGGUUGGAUUAGUAUAAUCUCUUUUUUCUACUUGUUUCCGGUUGCUUGUUUCGUGGAAGGGCCUCAAUGGGUUCAAGGCUAUCACAAAGCGAUCGAAUCAAUUGGUAAUCCAAUGACAUUGUAUAUUUGGGUUUUGAUAUCUGGGGUGUUUUAUCACCUCUAUAAUCAGUCAUCUUACCAAGCAUUAGAUGAGAUUAGCCCACUUACCUUUUCAGUGGGCAAUACUAUGAAGAGGGUGGUUGUUAUUGUGGCAACUGUUUUGGUCUUCAGGAACCCUGUUAGGCCUCUUAAUGCUCUAGGUUCCGCCAUCGCCAUCUUCGGAACGUUCUUGUAUUCACAAGCAAAUGCAGCUCAGAAGGCCAAGAAGAAGCUUGAAGGUGAGAAGAGUAGCUAAAAAACAGUACUUCAGAUUUUUUUUUUUGUUGUAGCAAAAUUUUGGCUAUGUUGUUUUAAGUUUUAACAUUGUUUGCAUUAUGUUGCCUUGAUACUUAGAAUUUUAUAGGACCUUUUUUGUUUAAUCUACAACACCUAAAUUAGACUUGUAUGAGUGUAUCUCAUUUCGUGUUUUAAUUUGGGAA